GAGACGGGUAAACACCGAUAGUCUUCGCCAAACAUCGAUAGCACCGAUACUUUGGAAACAUCGAUGACGCCGAUGUGUGUAUCGUUGUUUUCCCGCCUCCAGCCAACCCUCUUUCCUUUUUCAUCAACAUGGCUGAUCAGCAAACCGAACGCGCGUUCCGCAAGCAGCACGCGGUGGUCGUUGUGCGCCGCAAGAGCGCCACUUUGAAGAAGCGUCCUCGUUUCUACCGCCAGAUUGGCCUGGGCUUCCGGGCUCCGGCGGAGGUAAGAGGAAUCCGAGCAAACCACGACUAAUGUUGCGCCCCCUCCUUUUUUUCCGUUUCAUUCCCACGCACGCUGAAUGUUCCCGCCUGCCUGCCCAAAACGAACCAAAAACCCGCACACCCUGUUCUCCACGUGAUCCUGAACUAACCAGAACGAGCGCGCCUUCCAAAAACAAUUCGGUGUCAACCUAAACCGCAAGGUCAAGCCCGGCGUCACCAAGAAGAAGCUGCUGCGUCGCUCCC